AAAAUUUUGAUAAAAGGGUGGAAUUCCCCUUUAAACAUCAGUGUGGAGCAUAUGUGUAUGAGUGUGUGUGAGUCAUUGUUUUGAUUGACAGCCUGUGACCCGGCGGGACAGUGCGUGAGUGGUAGUGUAAAAGUGAAGCGGUGUUGUGGAGGCCCGGCCCAUCCUCCUCUCUGUUCCUAUAAAACAGCAGGGCAGCGUGGGACAGUCUGGAGAUUCAGCCUGCGGGGGGCGGAAACACACUCAGUUCACAGCAGCAAUGGCUCACACUGAAGGACACACACUCUGCACCGCAGGACCCCUCAUCCAGGUGCUGUGCUGGAGGAGCGUGUGUGUGGUUUGCGUACUGCUGUGUGUUGCGGUGCUGCCAGAACUCGGGGAUGCAGCUAAACCCCGGUGCGGAGCGGAGCUCAUCGCGGACCUGGAGUUUGUGUGUGGAGAGCGAGGAUUUUACAGAGGUCGUGUCGGAGGGGCUCGGCAUGGAGGCCCCCGCUCUCGGGGUAACGGCAUCGUGGAGCAGUGCUGCGUUAAAGGCUGCGACCUGCAGCACCUGGAGAAAUACUGCGCCAAGCCCAAGAGACGGCGCCGCCAAGCACCAACAACAACACAGCAAGUCAGAGAGGAUCAGUUCCGGCGGGUUCUUCUGCGGGAGUACCACAGGCUCCAGCAUGACCUACAGGAACUGACCCACAGGCUUAAAGAGCGGACGCUUCACCAGGACAAACUCAGAAGCACGUCGUCGCCUCGUUCUAACGAGAAGAUCCACAAAUCAGCUCAUUCAGAAGUCCAGCGUGGAGGGACAGCGGAUCCUUUAAGAACCUUCAGUCCUCACGGCCUCCGUUCAUAACCCUCCUCUCAGCUGCAAAGACUCGAGCGGCAACAUCAAAGUGACAGUUUGCCGAACAAUCAUAUUUACCCAGUCUUAUCCUAAAUGCUCAGCCAAGACGUGUUUGGUGAAGUUUGCUUGUUUAGUUUUAGCACUGGAGCUACUAGGCUAAUGUAACUGACAAUUAAUGGAAGCUUGUUAGCGUUAGCCAGUUAGCAUUGUGGAAACUGCAGGCCUAAAUCAUCACACUCUGGUCUCAGACUGUGUGAAGGUGCUCAGUAUCUCUAAUAGACUUGAUUAUGUGGUUUGUGAUAGAAAAUAAUGGUCAGAAGUACAUUAGCAUAGCGUGAAAUAGUAUUAGCAUUCUUGAAGUCUGAGUUUUGUUUGUACUUUUGUCCACUUUUGAUCCACUAUGUUUAUAGCAGGCCAAAUUUUUCUGCACUGUAAAGCAAAUAUUUCUCAACUUCAUCACAUCUGAACACAUCUAAAUUAGCUCAAUGAGUAUUAAUAACCUAAUUAUGUCUGCAUUAAUCAUCUUCACCGAGCUCGUUAAAACGCGAGCUGAGAACAGAAGUGAAAAGCAGAAAGGCCGUGCAGUGACCUUGGAGUGAAGCAUGGGUCAGAUGGAGUUUAGCACUGAUUCAGCUGUGUUUAAAACCUCAUCCGAACAUCAGAUAUCAGAACUCGGGGUCAGCGCAGACAAACUGACUGUUCUUCAGGGUUAUAAACGUUGGGCUGAGAUGCAAAAGACCACUUUUUUUAGAUUGUUUCACUUCAGUCUCCAGAAGGUACAGUCAAAAGUUUGGAUUUGUGUUAUAAAUUAAGGUUUUAUUUGUUGUUGCAUUAAAACAAACAUGAAAUAACAUCAUAACAACAGAAUCAUACAGUGGGUUAAAAAGUCUAUUUCAAAAACCUAUUUCAGAUUUUU